AUGCCCGUGCAAAGUGUUCCGCUUCGGGAUGCGUCGAUUCAAUAUCGCUUGCUUCAUCAGUAUCUACUUCUCCUGAAGAAAUAUCCCAUUCUUACUAAAUCAGUGACAAGUGGCAUCCUCUCAGCCUUGGGAAAUCUUCUUUCUCAGAUUUUGGAGGCAAGAAAAAAAGCCCAAAGUGAUGCUUCGGUCAGAGAAAUCGACACAGCUGGAGUGCUACGCUAUGCCAUUUUUGGUUUAUUCAUCACGGGACCAAUCAGUCAUUACUUUUACCACCUGAUGGAGACGGGGAUGCCAACAACUGAUCCGUAUUGUGUCGUCAAACGUCUGCUUCUGGAUCGCCUUGUUUUCGCACCAGGGUUCUUGAUGAUUUUCUAUAUAGUGAUGAACAUCCUUGAGGCAAAAGGAUUGGAUCACUUCAUAAAGAAGAUUAAAGCAAGUUACUGGACUGCUCUGAAGAUGAACUGGAAAGUUUGGACACCUUUUCAGUUCAUAAACGUCAACUUUGUGCCUGUCCAGUUCCGAGUGCUAUUUGCCAACAUGAUCGCCUUAUUUUGGUACGCUUACCUCGCAACUGUCAGAAAAUAG